GCAGUAUGUACGAUGGGGAGGCAGCGUAAUAUUGGUACGAGAAGUUUCAAAAAGAGAGGAAAUUGAACAAGCGGCUCAAAGUGACGAAUUCGGAAUUGCGCGAUACCGCGAAAGCACAGUCCGAUGGGACUGAGAAGGAAGCAGAGAAGUAUCUACGUCAGCGGGAAAUGCUGGGAAAACUCCGGACAGCACACGUCAGGGCUGUCAACAGCGUCGGCUCGGGAUUGGAGCCUAUUGCGGAUGAGAGUUUUGUGCGGCGAUUUCGAACGUUGCACCAUGAGAUCCACAGCUGGUGUCGCAAUGGCUUCAAGCAAAGCAGCUGUGCCGCGCCUCUAACCGAGGUUGAGCCACGGAUUUUGGCACAGCACCUCUUUUGGGGGAGAGUUCACGAUAUCCGCCUCUUGAGGCUUUCUGAACUUAUCGACUGCGUAGCAUGGGCAUUUAUGGGGAAGUUUAUAUUCUCCGUCUGGAUGCCAGGAUGUGACGUGGAUAUCCUGAAAUGCAUCAAGGAUCUCGAAGCACUUCUCGAGCAGGGUGAUUCCACCUUAGGUAACGAGAAAACAGCCAUCUGGCGCUCCCAAACGGCCUCCCUUCUCUUUCAAAAUCCGCGACUCAAGCAAACUCUGGAAGACGUUUCUUCACUGUCGUUAGAACUCAUCGCCGUCCUCUGCUCCAUUCCACAGCAUGCAACCUUGCAAGAGCAGCUUCUCCCAGCCAUUGGAGGCUCUCUCCGCUCAGUCCGCUUCCUCGCCGCGGAGAUGAAAUGUCAGCGUGGGAGCUUCCGGCUGGAUGACAGUGUAGGAGUGGGCGAUUUGUUCGAUGAGGAGACGAUGCAGGAUGUACGGUCCACCGAGAUGGAGGAGGGAACGCAGGCGAUUGUCGCUGCAGUGCUUUCCAAGGGGUGGAUUCGGAUUCCGCCGAAGGAGGUCGACUUGGUGGAACAGAAUAUUUGUAAAACGCGAGUUGUGAUCAGUAUUCUUUCUUUCGUACAUUCGUAAAUAGCUAGAAUCUAUUUUAAGGUUGCAGAAGCAUAAAUGCGGU